AUGAAAAUGAUCGCAACACAUCCUCCCUCUCCCCCUCAGUCCACAGAUGGGGCUACGCCUGAACCUCAUCGGAAUCCUUGCGGGACCAUCCAUUCUUUGUACAACCAGGGCAACAUCCUGGACGCUGCGACGAUGCAUGGCGACCCUACAGCUGGCGAGAUCGCAUACGACGGGGGCUCACAAGCGUCGAUGGGCUAUAAUCCUUCCGCUUACUCGCAGAGUCUGCCACUGCAUUCGGCGCAAAUAAUCACAAACAAUCCCCAGGUGGAAACGCCUCCCCCUACUUCGGACGAGGACUUUCUCCGUGGCAGUUCACAGUCAACGCCCUCACAGUGGCUAUCUCCCCCCGCCCGGACAAAGACUCGCUCAAAAGCGAAGAUCACCAAGGGUCCGAAAUCCAGGGCCGUGAGGCAGAAAAACAUAGUUUAUCCCAGAAUGCCUGGUCCGCUGAGCGAAUUGACCAAGCAUAUGACUCAGGUACCCAUCAGAGACAUGGAAGUGUGGGUGCACCGACCGAUCGAAGUUCGCCAGCAAGAGGUUGCCAAAAAGAAAGGCAAGGUCGCCAGACCCAUGAACUCUUUCAUGCUCUAUCGAUCUGCAUACGCCGAGCGGGCCAAGCAGUGGUUCGCCCAGAACAAUCACCAGGUUGUAUCCAGAAUGGCCGGGCAGAGUUGGAAACUUGAAUUGCCGGAAAUCCGGAAGAGAUACGAGCUUCUCGCAAGAAUGGAGAAGGCCAAUCACGAAAGAGCCCACCCUGGAUAUAGGUUCGCGCCCGAGAAGGACAAAAAGAAGCGAUGCAAGUCGGCCGAGGAAAAUGACAGUCUGAAGUGCUCCGAAACCCCACCCAAAUCCAGCCCAUCUUUGAACCAUAUCCGUACUGUGGGCUCGGAAAUGGGUAGCGAAUGGGACAGUCGCGACUCCACUCCAUUCGGGGUCGUUGAUCAUGAGCUGUCCGUAGGAGGAGCCUACUUCAAUUCUCCCUGGCAAUCCGGCACCCCCGGCAAACCGGCUCCUGGGAUGAUGUCUUCUCCCGAGCCUCAGUAUCUGCAACAGUCGGUCCAUCCUGUCCUCCUUGGUUCUCACGUUGAAGAUGUUCGAUCCAAGAAGAUCGGCAUGCAGGAUGUUCAGUAUACCACGUCCACUGCCUUGGCGGGGCUGCCAGGUGCUGCCCAUCAUGAACUUCUCCAACCUCAGACGAUUGUUCCCGCUCCGGGGUCUGGCUCCGACGGACAACUGGAUCCUCAGCUGUUGGGAUACCAUGGUGACGUAUCGAACGGUGGUGGGCAUGUUUACAGCAAUUCUCAUUAUUCGGUAUGGCAAGAGACACCGGCGGGCAACUGCUACCUUCCCGUGGCCACGACUCUGUCGCCUACCGCAGUGUCCUACAUCGGGGCCGGCUACCAAUCGGGGCUAUCGACUCUGGCAGAGAGUCGUGAGGCAUGGGAGCCAAGUACCGAAGGAGUCAUGGACACUGCUGGUGAAUUUGAUAAUUGGAUCAACUCUCAUCCAUCAGGAUAUUAA